CUUCAAGGACACCAUACACCUGUGAAGAGGAACGAAGCUCGAGGCUAUCCAUCAGCUUAUGCCUCUUACGUUCACUUUUUGCACCAACAACGCGGGGUUGUCUCAGGUGCUGGUCCUAGUUUGCCUUGAGACUGGGCUGUGGGCUGUCCCUGGGGUGACACGCCGCAGUCAAGAACGUGCCCAACUUUUCCCUCUGGAACACUUAGUUUGGAGGAGUCAGAGGAGAAAAGAACGUCCCUGUUAUAUACCCAACUUAAAACCCAUUUAUCUUGGGAGCACACAGCAUUCUGCAAUGCUAGAAAGCAAGGAACUUAGUUAACCAGGUGUGGAGGAUGACUCGUAACCUAACACAUCUGCCUCAGAGUAAACCCUAGGAGGGUAAAGACAAAUGCUAGACACUUUGCUGCCUUAUCAUGUCCUGCAGAGCUUACUUCCUGCUGCAAAGAGACUUCCAAGAGUUGAAAGAGAACAACUAUGAGGGUAUCACUGCCUUUCCUGUAAGUGAAGAUAUGAUGGAAUGGGAAGCUUAUGUUGAAGGUCUACAGAACACAAUUUGGCAGGGACUAUUCUUCCAACCAAUGAUAAAUUUUACAUCAGAAUAUAAUUUUGUCCCUCCAGUUGUGACAUUUAGAACCAUUCCUUUUCAUCCAAAUGUAGACCAAUAUACUGGUCAACUUAUAGAUUUUUUGGACAAUCCUCAUAAGUGGAACACAAGCUAUACAUUGAGCAGCAUCUUACUUACCCUCCAGGUUAUGCUUUCUAAUCCAGUGCUAGAAAAUCCAGUGAAUUUGGAAGCAGCCCAAACACUGAAAUCUGUGUACAGGGUAAUAGUUCAAAGACUGUUCCAUAAACCAUUACAAUUGAAAGAUGAUAGCUCUGAGUUAUCUAGACACUCAGAUAAAUGUAUCAGAUCAAUUAAAAUCUCAUUUGAUGAUUACUAUAAGCCAUGCCCUGAAAUAGCCACAUCAAAAGCUGCAGAAUGUUACAGAACUCCAUUGCUUGAAGGUCCAAAUUUCAUUAGAAAGUAUUAUAAAUGGAAGAAAGUGGAGUUAAAACAUCAUAAAGAAUGGAACAAAAAGCUAGUUGGUUCCAUCAGUGAUAUGUUCAAAGAAAAUAAAGAAGAAGGAUGGAAGAGUGAUGAUGAUAAUCUCAGUGAUUCAUGGGAAAAAAAAGUGGAAGAUCUGGUCACCUGGACCAACACUCUUGAUACAGAUACUUUAGAAGAUUAAGCCUAAAGCUCCAGGAUUUAAAAAAUAGUCUCAACCACAGUUCAGCUUCAUAUAGCAACUUUGAAAGGGUCUCUGAACUUGGAUUCUAUUUUUUUUUCAAAUUAGCCUCAUCUUCUCACUGCAAGCACAAAUUAGAAAUAUAAGUAAAAAUCAAUGAGCAUGUUGCUUUGAAUUUUUUUAGCUCCGCUUUGUUCUUUGAAACUAAGUUAUCCAAAUCAGGGGUGUUCAUUGUGGUAUUCCAAUCAACAGUCUUUACCCAGAGUUGGUAGGCAACUGGAUACAAGUU